CUAAUUACAUACUCUGGGGGUAUGGUCUAGUGGUAUGAUUUCUGUUUUGCAUUGAUCCUUUGGAUCCAGCAAUACAGACGGUCCCGUGUUCGAUCCACGGUGCCUCCAGCUUUUGUUAACUCUCUUUUUGCUGAUGCUACUCACCCCAGUUACCACUCCCCAGUUCCUGAACUAGGUCAGCGACUGGAGGAUGUGUUGACUGCGCUGCCGGGACUGAGUCACCGGCAGGUGAUUCAGCAUCCAGCGGAGGUUGUUACCCAUCUAUAUCAGCUGGAUUGCUCUGGAUUACAGUCGGCCUCUACAUCAUUGUCCUCUGUCUUCCUCCUUACGAGGCAGCGCACCGUCAAUGACAGCUAGGCGAGCCAAACCACCCAAAAGGGCGGCCACCAGCCGACGCAAGAGGCCAGCGCCAGCAGCCCGCCCAUCCCCUGAGAUGAACCAAGGCAGCGCCAUGUCUGCUGCCUCUUCGUCCUCGCCAGUCUACUUCUGGCGCGACACAGAGCCUUCAACCGGCUACCUCUCGCAAUGGUACCCCUGCGCCUUCACCGACGACGCCGACCCCUCGAUCAUCUACCGCAGCGCUGAGCACUACAUGAUGUACCACAAGGCGCAGCUCUUCGCGGACCACGCGGUGGCGGCCGAGAUCCUCGCGGCGCCGCACCCGCGCACCGUCAAGGCGCUCGGCCGCAAGGUCGCCGGCUUUUCGGACGCCGUGUGGAAGGCGCACCGCGAGGCGAUCGUGCGCAGGGGCAACCUGCUCAAGUUCACGCGGCCGGCGGACGUGCGCGACGGCCGCUGGCUCGUGAAGCUCCACGGGACCGAGGAAGAGGUCAGUAUCCGGGAGCUGCUGCUGCGGACCGGGGAGAGGGAGCUGGUGGAGGCGAGCCCGAUGGAUCGGAUCUGGGGGAUCGGGUUCGGUGCGGCCAAGGCCGGGGUGGUCGGGAGGGAGAAGUGGGGAUUGAAUCUGCUGGGGAAGGCGUUGAUGGAUGUGAGGGAGCAGUUGAGGAGGGAUGGGGAGAGUGGCGGCAAGGGGGCAAAGGAAGCUGAGAAUGCGAAGCAAGAGGAUGGAGCGGAUCAGAAAUGAUAUUUCUCUGAGGGAAUGCCGACCCUUGCUUCUGCUUCGUUAUUAUCGCGAACACAAACCGUCAACACUACCUACCUGGUAGUGCUGGUCGUGCGUGGAUAUUAUUUGUAUAUACCUUAUGGACGCUGGGAAGGCAUCGCCGCUUGUUGAAGAUGCCCU